AUGGGUCUUGAUAUGUAUCUCUAUCGUAUGAACAAGUCGCAGAAGUCUCGUUUGGACGAAAUCGACAAGGAGUUCGAGAACCACAACGAGAAGUGGACUGAAUUCUACAACAACAUCCCCACACUUGACAACGGAUGGGAACCCGACGAGUCCAAGAUGACCGAUGAGCAGAAGAGGCUUGAAAAGGAAUCCCGUGACGAAUAUCGCACAAUCAAUGACAAGUAUUCGGAAAUCUCCAAGGAAAUUCGUGAAGCCUACGGAGACGCCGACAACGAGUAUGGGUACGAAACAAUCUAUUGGAGAAAGUUCAAUGCGCUCCACGGAUAUAUUGUCGAAAAGUUCGCAAAUGGGGUUGACGAAUGUCAGGACAUUCAUCUGACCGUGGAUGACCUAAAGACAAUUCUCAAGGCACUUGAAGACACCAAGAGAAUUCUUGAUGGUUGCAAGAAGGAAAAGAACGAGCGUGACGAGGAAGUCUUCAUUGUUCCAAAGACGACGAAGAUUCCCCUCCGCCCCCGUUCCGGAUUCUUCUUUGGCAGUAUGAACCUUGACGAGUGGUUUUAUACUGAUGUUAAAACCACAAUCAAGUCCUUCCGCAAGUUGAUUGACAAUUUCAAUCCCGAGAACGAGGCACUUAAACGAAAGGAAUGCGGUAUGCAGAAUUGGAAGAUGACCUUGCAGGAGAGAAAGAACAUCCGCGAUACGAUUGCGGACAAUCUCUUCGGUGUUAUGAGCGACGAUUAUGUCGAAAGGGUUGCCGACGCAAUGCUUGACAAGGUGGUCGAGGAUGUAGAGGCGUGUGCCGACAGAGAGUGGAACUACGAUGAUGUCCGACUUGCGGUUGGUAGGGUUCUGUGCGACAGUUUUGGCGUUGAACACUAA